AUGGAGAAUAAUUUACCUGAUUUGAAAUGUUUUUAUUUACAAUAUGAUUGUUUUAGUGAUACAUAUUAUAAUCAUAUUUUACCUCUUUUACGCCAUAUGCCAAAUAUUGAACAAUUAAAUUUACGUCUUAUUAUUGCAAAUCAAACUACAUUUAUUAAUGGUAAACAUAUUUAUGAUGAAAUUAUUGUUCAUAUGUCACGACUUCAUAUAUUUAACUUUUGUUUUUGUACAUGUAUGCGAUUGUAUCAACCAAUUGAUCAUUUAUCCAUAGAUGAUAUUCUAAAAGCUUUUUCUAAUAAUAUAUAUCAACAGGUGGACUGUAUGAUCAGGUAUCGAGAUACUGAUAUCAAAUAUCAUGCAUUUUCAUUACCAUUCAUGUUUGAUUAUCUUCCUUUUAUUGAUAAUAAAUUUUCAAAUAUUAUUUUCAAUCAUGUUAUAAGAUUGGAAGUAGAUGAUGGAAUUUCAUUCGAACAUGAAUUUUUCAUGCGAAUUUCCUUGUCUUUUCCUUUACUUAAAUUAUUACAUAUUAUUAAUCUCAAGCGACAAACAUCGAUAUCAAGUAAUUUAAGUUCAAAUGAUAAUCAAUUAUAUUCAACAAUUAUUGAAUUUCCUUAUCUUACUUCGCUUAAUCUGCUAUUUGCUCAUUAUGAUUAUGUCGACCAAUUUCUUAAUGAUAAAAAAACACGUCUACCUUGUCUUACCAAAUUAGCAGUUAAUUACGAUAAAUUAAUAACUGUUACAAAAGAAUUUACAAACGAAAGAACAAGAUUAAAUUGUAUGAAAGUGAAACAAUUGAAUAUACGUCCUCAUAGAAAUAUAGAUUCAGAAGAUUUUCAUAUUUAUUUUCCUUUGUUGUAA